AUGAGAUUCAUGCGGUAACAGACGGACAAACACCGCGACCAUACAGACGCCCUGCAGCGGGGACCAGCGCGUCAUUCUGUUGCCCUCGUCCUUUAUGGUCCCCUGCAUCUGUUCAAAACGCGACGAGGAUGCCCUGGCUCUGCGGAGAAAAAAAGCGCCUCUUCUCCUUGCCAAUGUCAGCACGGCGGGUUGACUUGUGCUCUGAUAGCCGAUCUCGACGGCAUCCGAGCCAGCAAAAUUAACAAACAAAUAAAUAUAAAAGCGUUAUCAACGACAACGACGUCUCCAUAUCAUGCUACUUGGCAUCUCCAUUCUCGUGGCCUCCGUUUCCUAUCUCUGCUACCGCCAUCCGCCAUCCUCAUGGUCCAUCCUGUCAUGGCUCAUCCGCCCCUCCAUCCAAGAGAUAUCCACGAAGAAGGAAGCCGAUGCGCCGGCAGCUCCUCGACACAACAACGAUGACCCUUCGACCCCGAAAAUGAUCCCUCUCCUCCAAGAGGAAAAGAUUCCGGUCCUCGCGACGACGAUGACAAUAGACACCGACAAGCAAGCCUCGGACCGCAAAGCAAUGCCACCACCCCCACUACCAAUCUCCAACGCCGCCCCUCCUCCUCCUCCUCCAACAUUCACUCUCAACAACAAUGACUCCUCCUCCUCCUCAGACGAAGAACAAGAAAACACCCUCCCACCACCCUCCUUCCCCGCCCUAAACUCCGCCCAAAGAGCCUCCGCUCCCUCCUCAAGAGGCCCACCACGUCUAAAUCCCCUCCCAACCACAGGCCUCAUGCUCCCACCCCCCCGACCCUCCUCCUCCUCCCUCCCAAACCGCAACCCCCCCUCUCUCAAAACAGCAACAACAACCCUCUCCCCACCCCCAACACACACCCAACCCCCCCUCAAACCCCGAAAAAAAGUCCUCCUAACACCCGGCCACUCCCCGCUAGACUGGGCGCGCCUCUCCUCCUCGCCCACCGCCAACCUGCGCGGUCUCCCACUCUCAACACCUUACCUGAAAGUCCCGCCUUCAUUACUCUCCUUGCAUAACGGCAAGUUUGUCAAACCGCCGAGUUUCAGCGUGGAUGGAGAGAGGGUGCGGAACGAUGCGUGGACGGUGCUAGGGGGGAAGGUGUAUAAUAUCACGCCGUAUUUGCCGUAUCAUCCGGGGGGCGAGGGGGAGUUGUUGAGGUGUGCGGGACGGGAUGGGACGCGGUUGUUUGGGGAGGUGCAUCCGUGGGUUAAUUGGGAGGGGAUGUUGGAGGGGUGUUUGGUUGGGGUUGCUGUUACGGAGGAGGAUGUGGUUGGGGGAGGGGGGUUGGAGGAUAUGGAUUGA